AUGGCUACGUCUGGUCAUGGGGCAAAACAUGAAGAGGAAGACGUUUUAACAACAUAUGAAAGAAGAUUAGUCAAUAAAGUUCGCAAUUGCUGCAAAUGGGGUAUCCUAGCUGCUAAGAAAGGCUAUCGUUGUCAUCUAAAAUCUAUCAGUAUCGAUAGAUUAUUCAAUAUGAUUACAACUAAGAAAAUGAAGUUAGAAUCAAAAACUAGCAUCAAUCGACAUAUAAACGAAAUUAAAGAAAUGAACAAAUGUAAAGACUUCCAUAAAACCUUUACCAAGUGUUGUCGAAGAGAAGUGAUGGAUGAGAAGAAAAAGGCUAACAGAUCAUAA